AUGAUCACUAAUAGUAUUAGUCUAUAUGUUGACGUAUUUCUGUUGAUCGUUUGCGUCCUUCAAAUACUUGCGAACUUCAUUGUGUUACUUGCUUGGGGCACUUCAAAGCGACUCCUAUGCAACGACAACUUAAUUCUUCUCGUUUCACUCGCAUUCAUUGACUUUGUCUACGCCGUGCUACAGUUUCCCUACUUGAUCAUUCUGAUUGCGGGGACGAAACCUGAUGGCGUCCCACUAGACUACGACCCAUGGAUAAUCGUUCCACUUGCUGGGCCAUCAGCAGCUUUGAUGAAAUCGGGAUGUACGAUUACUACUGCAAUAGCUGUUGAUCGAGUAUUUGCGUUAUACUUUCCGGUGCAAUACUACAAACGCUCAAAGCGAUAUUGGUCUAUUGGAGCAUUCGUCUUUGCGAUUCUUCUAGCAUUUAUCGAUUGGAUAGUACUCCAAGUUACAGUAACCAUUCGACCGAUGCCUUACUGCACUUCAUUUGGCUGUUUCACAAAUGAUGUAUUUCGAACGUAUUGGGGCCUUUCCAACAUGCUGAUGAACUUGCUUUCAUGUCUUUUGACAAUGGUAAUUGUGUACUGUUUAUGUAGAGGAUCGAGGAAAUCCUCAUUAUCUAACGAAAUCGAAAGACAGAAUAGACACAGAAUUGACAAAAACGCCAAUCGUGUGGCGAUAUAUAUCUUACUUGUAUCAGCCUUGAUGGGUGUUGUGCCAGGAUGCUUAAACGGCCUUGGACUCUUCGUAUAUCUGCCGGUACUAGACGAGAUCUCGUUCUUUGUCGGCACUUGCGCCACGUUGUCUGGGCUCUCCCAUGCAUUCAUAUUUGCUAUGGCUCAUCGAGAAAUCAGACAAACCAUUCUGAAUCAGAUCUUUUGUCUGAAUUAUAAACAACGCGUCCAACAUACCAGUACGGUAUCAACGUUGUUUCAAAGACAAACUCGUCGACGCAGCAGUACCGUCACUUAUUAA